AUGGCCUCGGCCGAGCUGGCCCAGAAGCUGCAGCGCCGAUUGCUGCGGGACGGGAGUUGCUCGGAGGGAAGCGAAGAGGGAGCCGCCCUGGGAGAUGCUGCUGCUGCUGCGGGCUCAGAGACCAGCGCUGGGGACGCGGACGAAGACCGGAGCGCGCUGAGCGCCGCGGCUGACCCGGAGCUGAGUGCAAAGCUGAACCGCCGGCAAGACAUCAACGCGGGCGCUGCUCGGCCCCGCUUCGCCCAGGUCUUCAACCCCUACACCGAGUUUAAGGAGUUCACCCGCCGGCAGAUCAAGGACAUGGAGCGCCUGUUCCGACUGUAUGACUCGGGGAAGGAUGGUUACAUUGACCUUAUGGAGUUGAAGCUGAUGAUGGAGAAGCUUGGUGCCCCUCAGACUCAUUUGGGCUUGAAGAACAUGAUCAAGGAAGUAGAUGAAGAUUUUGAUGGCAAACUCAGUUUCCGUGAGUUCCUGCUCAUUUUUCACAAAGCUGCAGCUGGAGAGCUUGAAGAAGACAGUGGGUUGAUGGCUUUGGCUAAACUCUCAGAGAUUGAUGUUGCUCUUGAGGGGGUAAAAGGAGCCAAAAACUUCUUUGAAGCCAAGGUUCAAGCAUUGUCUUCGGCCAGUAAGUUUGAAGCCGAGAUCAAAGCAGAACAAGAUGAACGGAAACGUGAGGAAGAGGAGAGGAAGCACCGUCGAGCAGCUUUCCGAGAGCUCAAGUCAGCAUUCAGUCAAUAACUGAGGCAACUUGUUUGCCACCUAAGACUGGUGUACAUCCUUACAAGCUGAGCUGUAGAUUGGACACCCACCUCAAGUGGAACCAUAACAGAUUUGAAACUCUUUUUAAAAAAUGAACAUACAGCUGAGCU